AUGGCUUUGUAUGACCAGCUGCUUGGGCUUCUGAUCUUCUUCAGCGUGCUCAACACAAUCACCGUCGGACUCCGGUUACUUGUGCGCACAAGGCUUACGAAGGGAGCAUUUGGGUGGGAUGAUAUUGCUCUUGUCUUCUCCUACGUGGGCAUGAUUGUGUUUGUAGCAAUGUGCAUACUAGCUGUACGUUACGGGAUGAUGGCCUCCGACAACCAACCUUGGUAUCAUGUUGAAAAGGCCAUGAAGUUCGACUUCGCGAAGUAUGUUAUCUGCUUUGUGAUAUCUGGAACCGUCAAAAUAAGCGUCGCGCUGGUGCUCUAUCGCCUUGAUAGCCGUCCAAAGGUCCGAACCGUUAUCAUCAUCGACAUCAUAACAUGCUGCAUUUGGACCAUUGUCACUACGCUCGUGCUCUCGCUCGGCUGCAUGAGACAAAGCCCGUACAUCAUCAAUGAUAAAGUGUGCGAGAACACUUUCUACUCCCAGGAGGCAUCCUAUGUGAUUUACGACGUGUUCCACGUACUUCUACCGAUCUACAUUCUGUGGAAUGUGCAAAUAUCUAGGGCUCUAAAAGUGAGCGUGGUUUGCCUAUUCGGUGUUGGGCUUCUUGCCGCCGUCGCCGCCAUCAUGAAACUCCAAGUUCACUACGAGAUUUACCAUCCUCGAGACAAUAACAGCGUUUAUACGUGGUACUUGGCUAUGAUCUGGGCAAUAACAGAGCAUGGACUGUCAAUUUUUGCCAGUUCCGUUCUCGCCUUACGUCCGCUGACCAAGUUUGUCUCAAGAGGAUGGGCGAGUAUCUCAAGCACCCUCUACGGCAGCAGCAGUUCCAAGUCCACUGGCAAGGGGACUUCGAGUCGUGUGUCGAAGAAGUCGAACUGGUCCGAUCCAGUGGAGUCGAAUGAGCUUGGUAGCAUCGGCGUUCGGAACGAAGUCUUGGUCCACAGCGAGUACACUGUGGAAGGGGAUGCUCAACAACCUGUGUAUAUCGCAGAGGCAUACAACGGCAGCUCUGAAAGCCACAAAAGAUUGAUGGAUGGAAAGGGGCAUGAACAUAACUAUCUGAAGAGAGACGAUGUUGACCUUCAUCCCCUCGCGCGAACCAUGUGGCUUUGUCCCGUCGACGAGCUUGAUGCUUUCAAAGCCCCUGACCUUUCCUUGUAUCCUGAUCUCUUUCUGAUCCCCUUUCCUUCACAAUGCGUUUCGUGCGGUGAGCCGCCGAGCUUGCAGCCUCCCAGAUUAUUGCUCAGCACGCCCUGGCCCCCAUGUUUCUGA